GUAUCAUUUUUGUGAAAUGUGAGCGUUUUUAGAAAAUUGGAUGGCAUUCUAGGGCGAAAAAGCCCUUUUAAAGCCACAUAGUGUUUGAAUGAGUGGCAGAGACCUUCGAACGUUCGUUAAUUUUCAUAGGAAUGCAAUUGGUGCGUCAGAUCCUUCUUUGGUAUCUCGUUUGGCAGAUGGUAGAACCACUGGCAGAUACAAAGAAGUAGACUAUGGAAAGCUUAAGGCGAUUACAAAAUUGAAAAAUGCUGCAGGACAGCAAUCUCUUCAGAAAAUAAAAUCAAUUCAUCAUCUUAGUAAGGAAAAGAAAGAGCUAAACAUUUUGCAACAGCAUAAAACAUGCUGGAAAAAAGAGCUAAUAAGGUUGAAUAGUUUGUACAAAAGCAAACUUUAUGAGCUUGAUAUGGUCAGAGCAGGCUUUCCUUGGGAACAAAGUUCUGUCAAAGAUUUUUUCAUUGAAGUUGAAGAAUAUGAGGAUUUCAUGAAUGAAGAUUUCUUAACAUUUUCUAAAAACACAGUAAAGCCUCUGUGGGAUUUACAAGAAGAUAUCAGUGCCUGGUUGCAAGAAUAUAAAGGGAACUCUGAUCCACAUGAAGUUUCAACUGUACUGGAAUCAGUGAAACUACAGCAAAGACAGAUCAUGGAACAUCUUGAAGAAGAACAAGCUGAGUUAGAGAAUGAUUUGGCUUUAGUAAGACUACAUCAUGCUGUUCAUGAUGAAGAAUAUCCUCGUGUCAUUCCUGGAAUUCCGGAGGAAGCUUUGUCCCUAACUUGUCCAUAUGAUGAUUUGAAAUCUUUGGUUUUGAAUGAAUUCGAGUUGCUGGAUAAAAGAUAUAAAACACAUCUUGAUUAUUUAAAUGUGAAGUACAGUGAGAUUUUAGAGAUGAAAGAUGAAGGCUGGGAAAGAGAUAACCACCUUCGAUUUCAACAUAUUCUUGAGCAGUAUGCUGCUGAUAUGCCAAACAGAAGAAGUUUAUAUGUAGAUCGAAUGUUGAGAGAAAUGCCGCACUUAACCCGACAUGACAUUGUUGAGCACGAGAAAUGGUGGUUUUCACAUAAAUCAUAUCAGAAUCAGCAGGCUGCUAUCUACACUGCCUGGGAGAACAACCGUCGAGAUUUGUUGUUAAAAAUCAAAGUCACCUUCGCUGAUGCUUGGGUUGAGUUCGAAAAUGAAAAGAAACGUGAAGACAGUCGUAAACGACAAGUGGAAAUGUGCAGUAAGUUACACGAAAAGGUUGCAGCAUUUCAACGACAAAAACUUGAGGCAUUUCGACUACAACAAGAAAUCGAUGAGAGAACGAGAAGGCAAGAAUAUGAAAGAAGUAAAAUGGAGGAAGAAAAAGAGAAGAAAAGAAGAGAGAUGAUACACAACAAGAUAAAGAAUUAUCAAGAGAAAAAAAUGGAGGAUGAGGCAGAAAAAUUAGAAAAAGAGAGACAAAGAUUAGCAGCGAUGGAACGAGUGUUGAAAGAACAAGCAGUAAAAGAUGCAGAAAGAGUUGCUUAUCGUGAGAAUGAAUUGAAGAAACGUCAGGAUGAGAAACACCUUCUACAACAAAGGGUUUUAGAAGAACAGGAAGAAAGGGAAAGAAAACUGGAAAAAUUGAGAGAACAGGUCUGUGUCAAUGUACCAGCUGAUCCACUACGGGUACUUCAGUCAACUGAGGCUUCAAGAGCACAUGUUAUAAAGAAGGAUGAUUUGGCAGAGCCUGAAGAACUAGAAUUACAAAAACCAUUGUUUGCCAUAAAUACAUUCACUACAAAACAGAUAACAGCAGAUCCACGUCAUAAGGUAGAACAAGCACUACGACAGGCAGGCUUACAUGACACAAAUUAUGCAAGACAAAUACUUGCAAGUGUUAAACCACUGCAUCCAGCUAGGCCUGAUCAACAUUCAACAUUAUUUAAAGAGUAACACAGUUUUUCUGAAAAUUGGACAACUCAAUAGACCUUAUGCAUAAUGAUGUAACAAGCUGUUGUGACACCUGCAAGGAAUUCUGGUUCUAGUAGUCAUGGUGGGAAAUUUUGAAGUUUGAAUUUUUCACUGUGACUAUUAAAACCAGAAUUCCCUGCAGGCAUCAUAUGUGCAUAAGGUCUAUUAGCAACUAAAAUAAUAAAUUAGUUGCUAAAAUAGCUUAUAUAUAAAAAGGUUCUUUGACAGAAAGGCUGACUACCACUUUAUUGCUUUACCACUGUAACAAUUAGUGUUUUAUGAGGCUCAGUGACAUACUAGUGUACCUCAACUAAUGACCAACCUUAGAAAUGAACAUUCAUGCUUAUUAUAAAGUGUUCACAUUCCAACUAUUAUCUGCUCUCUUGUGUAAAAACCACAAAUGGAAUAUCGAAUAU